GGCGUGACGUGUGGUCGGGAGUGGGCUCGGAGGCGGGCGCCGCUUGGCAGUCGCUGUGGCCGCUACCGCCGGGCCUGGGGACGCGUGCGGCCGCGGCGACGGGCACAGUUCCUCCCCUCCGCGGCCAUGGCAGCGCUCGGCCGGCCCUUCAGCGGCCUCCCCCUGAGCGGCGGCGCGGAGUUCCUUCAGCCGCCGCCGGCCUUCGCGGGCCGGGCCUUCGCGCCGGGGCCGGACGGCGCCGAGCUGGCCCCGCGAGCCGGACCCCGCGUCGUCGCGAGCAGCCCGGGCGGGAGCGCGGCGCGCGGACGCUUCAUGCUUCACUGUAAAAAGAAGCACAAGCGCGAGGAAGAGGAUGAUGAUGAGUCUCUUUCUUUGGUAUCACCUUCAACUUUAGAUGGAUUGUUUUCUGGCACCGUCUUUUCAACAUCUACAGAGUCUUCCUUGGUAGUUGUGGAAAGAUCAAGAACAGAAGUCACUUCAGCAUUGUACUCCUGAUGCUCAACAUCCUCCGGCUCAACUGUCUCAACACUAAUGCUGUCAUUCGCCUGGGCCUUCACAUUCAUUUGCAGAUGGUUUUGUACUCGGUGCUGCCCAGGAGGGGGAGGCACUGUAUGUGAGCUCAGCAAUAGAUUCAGUGUUUCUUGAGAAGUAGCAUUUUUAGUGUUACCUUCUCUGGGCUUGAAUUGAUGUAUAUUUUUGAAGUAAUAGUGUAAAAGAGAGUGUCUACCUGUAAGGAGGGUGGGAGAAGAGCUUCAUUGGGUGCUGACAUCGUUAUAGCUUGGAUAAUAUUUUCUAUUUUUGUUUGUUUGGGUUUUUGUUCUUUUUUGUUUUGGGCCACACCUUGCGAUGCUCAGGACUUGUUCCUGACUCUGGGCGCAGGGAAUACUCCUAGCAGGGCCUAGAGUCAUAUGGAAUGCUGGGGAUCGAAUCCAGGUCAGCAGCUGUAAAGCAAGUGCCUUAUCUUUUCAGACCCCCCCCCACCUUUUUUUUUUUAAAUGAGCACGUGGUUUUAUUUUUUAAUCAGGUAAUUUUUUUUGUGAAUCAUAAGUGCUAUUGAACAUCAUUUUAUUUAGACCAUUUGUGUUUAAUUUUUUGUGUUUAAUCUUAUAUAAACAUGUUUCUGCAAAUUAUUGACUUACUAGUCCUUGUUAAUCUAUAAGAAAUCAAUUAAAUUGUUUAUUAUGCGUCUUAUAAAUAUUUUCCACAAAUCUGUCAUCUGUCUUUUGUUAUCAUACUUUGUACGUGAUUAUUUUGCCAGUGGAAACUUGCUGGAAAGAAUCAUAACACAGUGGAUUUGAAUAUUGCAUUAGUUUAAUGAGAAAGACAACAGCACCCCACAGUAUUUGUUUCUUUUCUGGCUUUGGACUUGCUGUGGAUUCAGGGACUUGGGGGAGGGGUGAAGGAGGGGAUUCCCAGCAGUGCUUGAGCAGCAUGUGGUGCUGGAGGUCCAACGUGGUACUCCAGCCCUUUUAACCAUUUCCCCAGGCAUCAGAGGGUAAUGUUUGCUUUAAUCAUUUGCGGUAUCCUAAAAAGUGUUUUGAUCAAACACUGUUCAAAAGUAAAAUACUGUUCAAAAAUAAAAAGUGUAAAAUGUAAAAACUCUUGGCUUGGGUCCUAGGAGAUAGCUCCAAGGAAUAGAAUGCAUGCUUUUGAUGCUUGAGGCUUUGAAUUGAAGUCCUGGUGGCACCCAGCACGUAUGGGCCUGAGCAGCAUAACAUCGCCAGCCCAAACGUUAAACCAUCUGUCCUGACUAGAUAUAAACAGAAAUGGCCCUGGGGCCCCUUCCCUGCCCUCCAGAGAAGACACCCAAAAACAAGUUAUUAACUUCAAAAGUUAACUACCAUCACAUUACAGAAAACGUUGUGAAAAUGAGGGCAGCUGAUGUCCAGGACUAGAAUGUGCUGCCCAGCUGACACGUUCAUUGUUCUUUACAGUACAUUAUAGUCUUUUAAAAAUUGUAUUUUUUGAGGCCGGAGCAGCAGUACAGCAGGUAGGGCACUUGCCUUCCAUGUCUUUCCUGGGUUCAAUUCCCAUAUCCCAUACGGUUCCCUGAGCAUUGCCAGGAGUAAUUCCUAAGUGCAGAGCAAGCAUCUCUGGGUUUGGGCCUAAAAACAAUAAAUAAAAAUCUUACUUUCCUUUUGGUUUUGGGGGCACACUUUUUAGUGCUCAAGGGUUACUCCUGGCUCAGUUCUUGGGCGUCAUGAAAUCAUGUAGCACCAGAGAUCAAACCCAUGCCUGCUGCAGGAAGGCAUUAACUAACUUAUUGAGCUCUCUCUGUGACAUACUUUCUUCGGCACUUAAUCAGCUUUGAUCUCUGUUAGACCUACAAACAUGAGCUAAUACAACUUUAAAUCCUGUUGGAGCACAGCUCUUUAUACUUACUUACAUUCAAUAUUUGAGGGGCUAGAGAAAUGACUUUGAAGGGCUGGAGUGCGUUCUUUGCAUGUGGAAGCCCAGAACUUGAUCCCCAGCGCCUUAUGAGCCCUGCCACAAACAAGAAAAGUUGAAUUGGGUUUUUGUUUGUUUGUUUGUUUUUCUUUUUGGGUCACACUCAAAAUGCACAGGGGUUACUCCUGCAUCUGCACUCAGGAAUUAAUCCUGGUGGUGCUGGGGGACCAUAUGGGAUGCUGGGAAUCUGAACCUGGGUCGGCCGCAAUGAUCUGUUCUCUCUAGAUUUGUUCUGCUUGAUUUAGCGGGUUUCUUAGGUGUAUAAUAUUUUCCUUCCACUUUUUAAAACACUCACGAAAUCCCGUUAAUCCUGUUAAUCACCGAUUUCUCGGACGGGCUCAGUAACAUCUCAUUUUGUCCUUUCCUUGAGAUCUUAGAAGUGUAUCUCGACUCGGCCCUCCUAAGGAUGUUGCACUGGGGGCUCUUCAGGGUCAGGGGAAUGAGAUCCAGCUUGUUACUGGAUUUUGCAUAUGAAUACACUAUGGGAAGCUUGCAAGGCUGUCCCAUGUGGGCAGGAAUCUCUCAGAAGAUUGCCAGUUUCUCCCAGAGGGAGAAGCAGGCCAAAGAUACCGCUCGGCCACCGCUUCUGAGAGCUUGCUUUUAAGUCUCUCUGGAUGUUGGCCGUUGAUGGGAUCACACACACCUGGGUUCCUCUGUUGGUACUUCAUGCAUGAGAGCUGUCCCAACGUGUGGAGAGGGGCCUACAGCAUGGCUGUAGCUAGGUUCCGGUGGUCUUUGGCUGCCAAGAGCUCUGCUCGGGGUGGGGAGGGAAGCUGGAGCCCAUCCCCUCCGAGGGGCCCCCGGGGAAGACAGCCAGACGUGCAGGCAAGAGACUCUCUGCCCGAUACAUACUUUACACUACAUACUUUAAAACUGUCUAAAUACUACAGGACAUUCUUAAUGUUCUUUCGUGAACUAAAAUGACUAUAGGUGCGGGAGAGAUACUAACAGGAAAUGUGCUCGCCUUGCAUGUGACCAUACUCCAAUCCAAGCCCCAACACCACAUAUUGGUCCCCUAGCACUCCCUGCCACGAAUAGUUUCUGAGUAUCUCUAGAUGUGGCCCACAAUCCCCUUCCCCCCAAGAAAACAUAAUUAAAAAGCACAUGUUUUGUACCUGUGAGGCCCUGCUUGGCUCCAGUUCCUGAAACCCAAAAAGGAAAACUAAUUGUGAACUGAACAUAUAAUUGUUGAUUUCUUUUAAAAACUACAGUUUGGGGAAUACAUUAUUACUGUAUUUUUACAUCAGCACUAACAGUUUUCAUAAUCUUAACAGGAAAUAGAAAUUUUUUCCUGUGCAUUUUAUGCUGCUUCUAUACCCUCAGUUUCAAGACUCAGAAGCUAAUAAUAACCACUAGUGAACUUUUUUGGUUGCAGAACUGUUUUGUGAUCCUGAGAUUGCCCUGCUGGUGCCCAGGCUUAAUUGUACUUCUGGUCUAAAUACAUAAACUGGCUCAGUUUUCUAUUUAACUCACUUCAGACAACUUCUGACUACUGAAACUUUAGAGUGCCUGCACAUCCUCGUUCUUAGUUAAGAACUUGAAUAGUUGAAUGAAAGGAGGCAGGAAAUUUUAGUGAAAAUAACAUUCUGGUAGGAGUUAGGAACUUUGGGGUCUAGUCUCCAAAAUGCUAGUCACUACAUAACACUUCAGAAUGUAUAUUUUAGCUUUCCCAAGCCCUCAAUUUAAAAUCUAGAAAAUAAAUUAAUAUUUGAUAAAUUCCACGGUCUUUGAGAUAUAUUUUUCUAGGAAACAAAGUUAUUGACUUGCAGGAGGGGAGCAAUAUGCACCCCUUUAGUCAGGUACUUAAAUCAAACGAACAGUUGAUCUUUUUAGAAAGGCCCAAGAAAUUAGUAUUCUAUGGAUCUGUCAUUCUUGGAAUAACUGAUAUGCUGUGCUGUCAGGGACAGAGCAUGACUCCUGGGCUACCUCCACAUAUGAGCUGUUUGUUGAAGCAUCCAUCCCCAAUCUGAUAAAAUAGGACUGGUACUGAAAUGCUGCUAUGAGAUCUGUGAUUUCUUUGCUUCCCACCUGACCUUUGUGGAGCCAGAUCAGAAGGGAUGACUUGAGUUUCUACACUGAAUAUUAGGAUCUGAAUAGGCAAAAUCUAUGCAUUUGAUUAGAGGUAGGGGUAUAAUGCAUUUCACUGCUAUCCGUCAGGAUCAUUAUUGAAUUUUA